GAUACAUUUUCUAUUUCUGUUUCCUGGUCAUCUAAUCUGGUUGUUCUAUUUUUAACAAUUCUAAUAUAUAAUAUUUUGGAAUUUAAUUUUAAUCAAAUUUUUUUAUAAUGAAUUUCAGGAAGUAUUUGAUAGUCCAGAAGUAUUUUAUCGACAUGUUGAUACACAUGCUGAUGAUUGUAACAAACCUAGUUACAGAUCUGUACUAAAAUGCCAUUGGCAAGAUUGCAAAGGUUCUUUUGGUGGUGUUAAUAAACUGAGAGAUCAUCUUCGAAGUCACACACAAGAAAAACUAAUGGCAUGCCCAGUUUGUGGUGGAAUGUUUGCUUCACGUACAAAAUUUCAAGAUCAUAUUAUUCGACAAGCAGCUAUUAAUGAUAAUGAAGUUCAGAAUUUUGCAUUUGAAUGUGGAUAUUGUUAUCGUAAAUUUGCUUCUGAGCGACUUCUCAGAGAUCAUAUGAGACAUCAUGUUAGCCAUUAUAAAUGUCCUUAUUGUGCUAUGACUUGUCCAAAUCCAUCAUCUUUACAUAGUCACAUUACAUACCGUCAUUCAACCGAGAAAAAUUAUUCCUGUCAAUAUUGUGAAUAUAGAUGUAAAUAUGAAAGUGAUUUAUAUAAACAUCUGGAAACUCAUAAUAAUGAACCAUCCUUUAAAUGUCCUAUUGAGAAUUGUGAUUAUUCUACAAGAACUCGUGCUUGCCUAAAUAGACAUGUUAGUGGAAAACAUCAGAAUGGUUCAGCUAAAGUUUAUAAAUGUCAUAUUUGUGAAAAAACAUUCAGUCGAGGAAAUUAUUUGACCAAGCAUUUGAUGUCUAACCAUCACUUUCAUUGGCCAUCAGGACAUUGUCGUUUCAGAUAUGUUCGUGAUGAUGAUGGGUUUUUUAGGCUUCAAAUGGUUCGUUAUGAAAGCAUAGAAUUGUCUGAAGCUGUUCUGCAAGAAGAGGGAUGCGAAGAAAAUAAAGAAAUUGCUUCACAUUCCAUUUUAGACAAAACAAAUUUAGAAGAUAAGACUGUUGUUGAUAAUAGUGACAAUGAAAAUAAUAAAGAAGCUUCAACAGAGUUAAUGAAAAGCUCAGAAAGUAAUGAUAUCCAGGCAACUACAGUUCCUAUGGUAGUCUAUAUACCUAAUCCUGAUAAUAAAGAUGAUACAACUAAAGAAAUGAUACCCAGUGAGGUUCAUUCAGUGGUGUUAGAAGUACAUAAUAUUGAAGAUGUUUCUGCUUCUUCAGAAGUCCCACCAUAUGUAUAUUUGAAUUUAUCAGACUUAGAAAAGAAUGGCAACUCAUCUCGCACGAUACAUGUUAUAGAAAAUCUUGAUGGAAAAACUGUCAUACAAAUGGCAGAAGUUAUUGCAAGUGCACCUGAACAUAGUGAGGACAUUGAAAUAGUAGAAUUCAACCGACUGCAUAUCGAAAAUAUUAAAGAAAAUAUCCAGAAAGUUCCAAAAAAUUAAAUUUUGCACAAGGCACUCUAAAUGUGAUAAAUAUGUAAUAUAAAUUGCAUCUCCUAAAAUUAUCAUUCUCUUCAUUUACAAAUAAUAUAAUUAGCAUCGUAGUUCAGUUUAUAGUCAUUUUUAAACUCUAAUUAUGGCUUCUACCAACGUUCAAAAACUUACAUGUCCCGAUGGUUCUUGCACUCUCACUGUUUUAUGUGAUCCCAAUAGCAAGUGUCACGAAGAAGGAUGUACAGCUGCCAUCACUUGCGGAGAUUACAGUUCGUCUAUAGGAGAUAAACAUCGUGGAUGCUGCGACGUAUUGUUAUCUUGUGAUAAGAAUGCUUCCAAAUGCGGUACCAAAAUAUCUUGCGGUAACUGCAAAGUCAAUAUAUCCUGCGGUAAAAAUGGAAAAAGAUGCGAAAAAUGUGACGUAGUCGUCAAUUGCAAGAAAAACGACGAGUGUGAAGUAGAAAUAAAUUGCGGAAAAGAAGGCAACAAAAAG